AUGUGUAGUAAAAUGAGUAAUAACUUUAGUAGUAACUCCAUUUUAAUUUCCGAAAGUUUUAAAAACGACGCUGCUUUCUUCAGAGAUGUUCCGGAUCUCUUAACUCCUGAAUGUUUCGAACAACAGGUGCCUCAUUACUACAUCACUUUGCCCGCGGAGGACAGCGGCAUUAAUGGGGGAUUAGUUUUACUCUCUGAAAAGGGUGAAAAUGUCAAUAUCGAAGAAAUCAUUCGAGCAGGCAAUAGAUGUGCUGUACAGAUCACGUUCAAGCUGCAGAUAACACGAGACUCCGAAGUAACAUGGGAAUCGAUCUUGUUCCAACAAAAGCUCUACAUACGUAUCGAUGCCAGCAAUCCAGCUAUUUCGAAGAUGGGAUUUCUCGGUAUCAUGGAGUAUGCUGAAGACGUUCUAAAGCUGUUGGUACGCACAUUUAUGUACAUCGGAUUUGCCAUCAUACCUCCAGGGCAUAAACUAAUUCCUCAAGCCUCGUCCGACACUUGUAAUAUAUAUAUGGCUUACUGUAUCACAUAA